AUGUCACACAUCGAUAUUGAUGGGGCGGAUCUCGACGUCUCAGAAAUAACCGUCAUAGCCGCCGUCCGCAACCCUCUCCACCCGACCUCUCAAUCCCUUUCGAGUCUCCCCAUCCACCCUUUGGACACUUUACGCCUGCCCAUCGUCAACAUCGGACCGAACGUGCGCGCCGACGUAGCCGCUGCUGUGCAGGAGCUCGCGGAGAAGCAUGGUAUCGACACCAUUGACGUAGCCAUUGCCAACGCCUCGACGGUAUAUGUGUAG